AUGAUUCCCUGCCAAUAUACUGCCUGUUCAUUGGUCAGCGGGGUGGUGGGGGAAGGGGAGGGGGGGUUGUUGGGGGUGGUGGUCUUGCCCCCCAUUGCCUGCGGCACUCUUCCUUCUCCCUCCCUUCGCCUGCACAGCCUUGGCACCCCCCCCUCACACCAUCCUUCGUUUCCCCCCCUCAUACCAUCCUUCGUUUCCCCCCCUCAGUUCUCUGCUGCAGCUGCCUGCGCUGCGACCGGCAGUCACUUAGGUGACAGGGAGUGGUGUGGAUGGAGGGGUGUAAAUGGAGGGAUGUGGAUGGAAGUUGUGAUGCGAGAGAGGAAGGGGGGGAGAGUCAGUGCAGAAGGGAGGGUGGUGGGAGAAGGAGGAAGGUCAGGAGGGAGGACAGAAAGGGGCCAUCAGGUGCUGCGCCUGCGGCUUCCAGGGCUGCGACUGGCUGUCACUCAGGCCCUGGGCUGGCUAGUCCGCGCACCUGGCUAUUGUAGCAGGCAGGCAGCCGUGCUGGCAGGCAAUGGGGAUGCAGAGCAGAGGGCCACCCACCUCUUCAUCUGUCCUUCCCCCUUCCCCUCCCUUGUUUUCCAUCCCACCCCAGGCUCUCAGGUGGCUAGUCUGGAACUAUGCUGGAAUGCUGAGGAAUCAGCAAUGCUGAAAGCAGGAGGAUUCUUGCAGACAAAAGUUUCCAAGAAAGAGGUGGACGGUUGCUGCUAUGCGAACUGGGUGACCUGUGGUGUGGGAAACAUUCCGUCCCUAGCUGCCAGCUCCGGUGUUCUCUCAAGCCUGGAGCCGCCGCUUGAGGCUGGGAGGAGGUCCGGCGCAGGCCCGGGCUGGGCGUUUGGUCCGGAUCGAGGUUCGGGCGGGCCAAUUUCGAGCGAGGGACCGUCGCAGGAGGGGCAGAGUAGUGAAAUGGGAGGCGGAGUGGGGAACGGUGGAGCAGUUGGGGAAGACAGGGCGAGUCCAGAUGGAGGAUCGGACGGCCCAAUUCCGAAUGAGAGAGCGUGGGAGGAGGAGCAGACGGGUAGAAGGGAGGGGGGAUGGGGAGAAGACAUGGGUGGGGCUGUUGCGGAAGGUCGGGACGAGGGACAGGGAUAG